AGCCACUGCAGUACAUUGAGCUCCACAGAGACAGUGCCGGGGCAAGUGAGAGCCGGACGGGCACUGGGUGACUCUGUGCCUCGCUGAGGAAAAAUAACUCAACAUGGGCAAAGGAGACCCUAAGAAGCCGAGAGGCAAAAUGUCAUCAUAUGCAUUUUUUGUGCAAACUUGUCGGGAGGAGUGUAAGAAGAAGCACCCAGAUGCCUCAGUCAGCUUCUCAGAGUUUUCUAAGAAGUGCUCAGAGAGGUGGAAGGCCAUGUCUGCUAAAGAUAAAGGAAAAUUUGAAGAUAUGGCAAAGGUGGACAAGGCCCGUUAUGAAAGAGAAAUGAAAACCUAUAUCCCUCCUAAAGGGGAGACAAAAAAGAAGUUCGAGGAUUCCAAUGCACCCAAGAGGCCUCCUUCGGCCUUUUUGCUGUUCUGCUCUGAGUAUUGCCCAAAAAUCAAAGGAGAGCAUCCUGGCCUGCCUAUUAGUGAUGUUGCAAAGAAACUGGUAGAGAUGUGGAAUAACACUUUUGCAGAUGACAAGCAGCUUUGUGAAAAGAAGGCUGCAAAGCUGAAGGAAAAAUACAAAAAGGAUACAGCUACAUAUCGAGCUAAAGGAAAGCCUGAUGCAGCAAAAAAGGGAGUUGUCAAGGCUGAAAAAAGCAAGAAAAAGAAGGAAGAGGAGGAAGAUAAGGAAGAUGAAGAGGAUGAUGAGGAGAAAGAUGAAGAAGAUGAUGAUGAAUAA